UUCUUUUCAGAGAGCUGGAGGGCAGAGAGACCACGCCUGGUCAAUAUGACAGUGGCCAAAGAAGACGUCAAACCCAACAUCUGUCAGCAGUGUUGGAGUUAUGCUGCUGUGAUCCGUUGUCGUGAUUGCCGACCGCGCCCAUUCCUCUGUGCUGAUUGUGACAUCACUGUGCACACCAGACACCCCCUUCAUAACAGAGAUGCCAGUACUGCAGGAUUUUUCCAGCCAUUACCUCCAACCACUUUUGUGCGUAAUGAGACCCUUUGUCCCUGUGAGCGUUUUGUGCCAGUGGAGAUCCCCAACAGAAUCUGUGGUUGUCCAACAGAGUCACAGAGGAUCAAAACUGGAAGGGCUACCACUGUUAUCACAAUGAAUGGACGAUAUGAUCUCAGUUUGCCCGAAUUGGCAUGUGAAGUUUGCAACGCCGCAUGGACUGCCGGAAUAAAAGACGUUAUCCAAAGUGACUACUGGCCAGCAACCCUUCACUUUGCCACUAUCUAUGCCACUGAUGUUUUCUUCUCCUUUGAAGAAAUGAAAAUGGCAGCUCCUGGUCUGUCCUGUCAGGCAUUUCUCCGAAUGCUGGAUCAGAGAACUGUCCGCUUCGGCCGUACUGGGAAAAUUUCAGGAGACAGCUUUUUGAAAAGUUUUUUUGAGUGGGAGGCUGUCCAGUAUGAGGUGGACAGUAUCUGCAGGGAGGAGCCGUUCACCUGUCCUGCAUGCAGUCCCGAAAUGCUUGCAGUGUGUGUGGACGGCAAUCGCAAACACUACCGAUUCAGGACUGCAGCACGAUCUGAAGAACAGCCGGUGUUUGACGACAUCUUCAUUGCAAAGGAUGACGAUGUCGCAAACUUCGUCCACGACAUCCAAAGCAAAACAAAACAUGCUUCAGGUAGGGGCAUUUGUGGAGGAGAGUGGUCGGCUGCCAGAGAGACCUCCCAAAGAUCUGCCAGCAAGCUGGAUGAGGAGGGACUGGAAAUAGCUGUCUGUCGACAUGGCGUGCUGCUUUCUGCCCUCAACAUGUACAGGGGAGAAAUAUUUGCAUACCCGCUGUUUUUGCAAAAUAAGCUGGCUGUUAAAAGUGCCACAUUUUUUUGCAUGGAUGUCACAUGCAAAUAUUGGCCUUACCUCCAAAAAAUUUCCAAAAAUCUGCCAGAGCUACAGCCCCUCCUCAGCAUGAAACCCUUUCUUUCCGUGCUUCAUGCCAAAGCUCAUGACUUGAAAUGUGAAGUGAAAUGGAGUGGAGCUUAUCAGGAGGGGGCUGGAUUAACUCUGGGAGAAGAGGUGGAGCAAGUGAAUGCCUUCCUGUCUCGUAUAGCUGUGACGACAAAACACAUGUCGAAAGCGGGACGCAGAGACAUGCUGACAUUAUUAUCUAUGCGCUGGAAUCAGCAGAAGAAGAAGAACCUGGCCUCUUCUCUGUCCCACAGAUAUCUGAAAGCCACAAAAGUUCUGGAGGAAAAGUUGCAGAAACUGGAGUCUGUGAAGGCAGAGUUGUCAGUGACUGACAGCCAGUUGGAGGACUGGGUCAGUGAUGUAAGGGAGUGGGCAGAAGCAACAUCUACCAACACAAAUGAGGCUUCUGCCUUGGCCAACAAUAUUGAGGUGCUGGUGGCUGGCAUCAAGAGACGCUCGCAUCGUCUUUAUAUGGACACAGACAGCAACAAAGGGCGAGCCAAAAUCCGCAGCAAGAUCAGGAAGGAGAAAGGGAUCCUGACCUCCUUGAUUGACAGGUACAACGAAAUGGUUCCAAGCACAGAAAGUCUCUGUCUGGAAACCAUCCUGUCUGAAGAUGCAGCAUGGCCAUGGCAGCUGCCACAUAGUGACUCUGUCGACUUCAGGAAAAAAAGAGCGGUGUUUGACCUCGUACAGUCAAUAAGGAGACUGCAGGAGGAGACCAAGGUACUGACCACAGAGAUGAAUCGGCACUGGAAGUCACUUUCAUCGCAGGGGAAUUCCCUGAAAGAAGUGUCCAGUGCAACAAUGCAAGAUUCACCAUGGAACCUCAGUGCAGAUGGGCAGAAAGGUCUGCAAAGCAUUCUGAAACGAAAGCAGCAAGACACUACAGAAAUGAUGGCUGGUGUGAAGACGAAAUAUUUUCAUACAUUGACAGGAGGAGAGGUCAAUUUUCUGGACAGUCUAUCUGACUUUUCUGACAGUGACUCUGAAUUCUCUGACAGUUAGCCUGGAUACAUUUUGUGGU